AUCUCAUUUCAAGCUCUUGGUCAAUCUGCCUCCUCUUUCUUGUCCUUGUGCAACAAACCAACCGUGCCUCGAAUCUCGAUGGAAGCGAAAGAAGCAUCACCACCUAACACUGUUGUCUCGACUCGAACUCAGCCCAUUACUGAGCCUGAAACAAUAAUCCGACCUGAAGAACAAUCAGGAACAGUGGAACAGAAUCUCUCAAAGCUACUUGCUAGAGAUACAGUUUUUAGCGUGGGUGAAAUAGAGGCUCUCUAUGAGCUGUUUAAAAAAUUCAGCAGUGCUGUGACUAAUGAUGGGCUAACAAACAAGGAAGGGUUUCAACUGACCUUCACGUCAGAUAAAAGAAAUAGCUGGUUUGCAGGCCGGGUAUUCGAUUUGUUGGACACAAAGCACAAUGGAAUAAUGGGGUUUGAGGAGUUUGCUCGUGCUCUCUCCGUCUUUCAUCCAAAGGCUCCUAUUGAUGACAAGAUUGACUUUUCGUUUCAGCUGUAUGAUCUUAAGGAGCAAGGUUUCAUCGACAGGCAGCUGGUGAAGCAAAUGGUGGCGGCUACUCUUGCUGACUGGUCAGGCAUGAUGCUCUCAGACCAAGUCAUAGAGGGUGUAGUCGACAAGACAUUUGAGGAAGCUGAUACGAAACAUAAGGGGAGGAUCGAUAAGGAAGAGUGGAGGACCAUUGUUCUUACGCAUCCUUCGCUUCUGAAGAACAUGACUCUUCAGUAUCUCAAGUUGAAGAUGCCUAGGAAAAGCAUUAUUUCUAGAGCCAAGAAAAUUUGGAAGUUGUGUGUUGCGUCUGAGAGGAAGAUGUCACAAGGAUGGUUUUCGAUGAGUAGCGGAGAUCAGCAGCAGCAGCAGAAUCAGUCGGGAUCGUCUCUGCUCGCGGAUUGGAAUUCAUACGCAGCCUCUCGAGAUGUCGAAGAAGGUGGCGGAAGCUUCGGGUUUGAUAUCGAAUCAGCCGUUAGAUCUGCCAACGACACCGUUUCGGGUACCUUCAGUGUGGUUUCAAAGGGAGUUAGAGAUAUUCCGGGGAGCUUGUCGUCAGCAACCAGUAGUAUGCCUUCAGGGAAAUCCCUCAUGUAUUUCGGUUUACUUCUUGCAAGUGGUGUAUUCUUCAUCUUCAUUGCCUUCACUAUGUUUCUUCCCGUCAUGGUGCUUAUGCCUCAGAAGUUCGCUAUUUGUUUCACCCUUGGAUGUGGGUUUAUUAUUGGAUCAUUCUUCGCUCUUCGUGGCCCACAGAAUCAGUUUGCACACAUGACUUCCAUGGAGAGACUUCCUUUAACCAUAGGUUUCAUUGCUACCAUGGUUGGUACCAUAUACGUAUCUAUGGUUCUCCACAGCUACAUUCUCUCCGUGCUCUUCUCUGUCUUACAGGUUCUUGCGUUGAUUUACUACUGUAUAUCAUACUUCCCUGGUGGAUCAUCAGGCAUGAAGUUCCUUGGUUCUGCUCUUACCUCCUCUGUUCUAAGAGUUUUUGGGAGAUGAGCUUUCACAGUCAACGUGGGUGAAAGAUCAAAACUCUACAUCUCUGGUGUAUAAAGAAAGAUGUCAGAGCUCUUUUCAUGUUCUAAUUAACAUAGAUUUGCUGAAAAAUGUUCGAAACACAAAUUGUCUUGAAAGAUGUUGAAGGAAGAACCCAAGGGAUGAUCAGAUAUAUGAUGUUUAUUUUGUUGUUGCCAAAGUAUUUAGACAUCCCACCUUCCCCGUUAAGAUCAAGUGAUCACAUAUUCAGUAAGGAUUUUGUUGGUUGUUUGUGAAUGCUGAGCAGAUAAACGCGUUCCAAAUUUGGUUGGGCACAUUAAAGCCCAAGAGUAUAUUAUUUGGCCCUUUACGUGGUCAAAAUCAAUGAGUAUACAACCAUCUUUGGUCAAGGAAAUUUUUUGGC